UACGGAGCGGCGAGGAGGAGGAAGGGACGGAGGAGCUGGGCUGGGCCGGUGCGGGAGACAGCGAGCAAGACCGCCACGGGGAGGAGACAGAGCGGCCGGCGCCGUUUAACGAGGCGCCGCUCUACGCCCGCUGGCAGCCUUCUAGGACCGGACCCGAGAGGACCGCCAUCAGCCCGCUCCCUCCGGGUCCCGGGCGUGGGCGCGGGGGUGCUGAAGAGGGAGCUCUCCCACUCCAUUAAUGUAUCUUAGAGCGGGAGGGGCCCUUUCCGAGGAUCUCUAGUCUCUCCAGCCACCACCACCCCGAAAAUGUGCGGCCUGGAAAGUCGCCUAGAGAAGGCGCGGAGGGGAUGGAAAAGACAACCAGCCGCGGCGGGCCGAGGGGCGAGAACGUCUGCUAACCGCUCGACUCCGGCGCACAGCUUGCAUGGGUUGGGCGCAAGCUCCAGCCGCCGAAACCGGGACGGUGAUGGCCUGGUUCUUCUCCUGCGCGUCUCCGAGAACUCCGGGGCGUGGGGUCAGAGGAGGGCGGAUUCCCAGGCAUCCACCCCGCCCUGGCCGGCACCCGAACGCUCUGAGCCCGUCUCUCCUGAAGCCUGCGCAUUAGCACCGGAGUCUCUUUAAAGCAGUAGCGGGGGCCGCGGUCACGUGAGGUGGAUUCCUGGAAAGUUCCUGGAAAGCGGCCUCCGCAGCCGCGGGGCGGGGCGCGCGGGGAGCGCGGACUAGGGAGAGAGGCGGGGAGCGAGGGAGGCGCGUAGGUCUGGGAAGUCGCGCGCACACAGCGCUCCGGGGACAGACAUUUAACUCUUGUCUAGUCUCGCCGCCGCCGCGGCUCGCGGGCCUUGGGCUUCCCUUGAAGCAUGAGCCUUCUCGCCCGCCGCCACUGGCACUGCGCGGGCCGCGGACAGUGCGCGCCGGGGCCCCGGGCGCACAGCCUCAGGAUCCCCGUCGCCUACAGCUGGGGCGCCGGAGGAGCUCGGGCAGGGGCCCGCGGCAGCCGGAGGGAACCCAGCAGCUGCCCCGGGUCGGGGGUGUCCGAGCCCGGAGGGGGUGUUAGAGCCCGGCGAAUCGAGGCGAUGGUCCCCGGGGCUCACGUUUGCCCUCUGUGCAGAGAACUCCGGCCGCCCCCGCCGCUGAGCACAGGGCUCGUCACAUCCCCAGGCAUCUCAUUCCCAAAUUAAAAGUCAACAGGGGAAACUCGGGCAGACACCCCUCCUCCCGGGCCCCUCCCGGCUCCCCCGCCCCAUGCCUGCUGGGGAGGCUGCCUGGUGCGGAGGCGGCAGCGGCGGCCGAGGCCGAGGCAAACUGUGCGUGACCGCGCCUGCGGGGGAUUUUGCUAUCCGUGCACAGGGACCCGGGGAGGAAGAACCAGCGGCUCCCCAUUACCUCCCCCUCCAUUUCCAUUUCGCGGACCCCUCAGGGGCUCGUUUUGGGGUUUCCACUGACUUCUAAGAAGGACGCGUGCCCCUCUCUGACCCCAGCUCGGGCGGCCACCUGUCUUUGCCGCGGUGACCCUUCUCCCAUGACCCUGCGGUGCCUCGAGCCCUCCGGGAAUGGCGCGGAAGGGACGCAGAGCCAUUGGGGGACCUCGGGGUCGGCGGAGGAGCCGUCCCCGGAGGCGGCGCGUCUGGCGAAGGCCCUGCGGGAACUUAGUCACACAGGUUGGUACUGGGGAAGUAUGACUGUUAAUGAAGCCAAAGAGAAAUUAAAAGAGGCACCAGAAGGAACUUUCUUGAUUAGAGAUAGUUCGCAUUCAGACUACCUACUAACAAUAUCUGUUAAAACAUCAGCUGGACCAACUAAUCUUCGCAUCGAAUACCAAGAUGGGAAAUUUAGAUUGGACUCUAUCAUAUGUGUCAAGUCCAAGCUUAAACAAUUUGACAGUGUGGUUCAUCUGAUCGACUACUAUGUUCAGAUGUGCAAGGAUAAGCGGACAGGCCCAGAAGCCCCCCGGAACGGCACUGUUCACCUUUAUCUGACCAAACCGCUCUACACAUCAGCACCACCUCUGCAGCAUCUCUGUAGACUCACCAUUAACAAAUGUACCGGUACCAUCUGGGGACUGCCUUUACCAACAAGACUAAAAGAUUACUUGGAAGAAUAUAAAUUCCAGGUAUAAGUGUUUCUCUUUUUCUAAACAUGCCUCCUAUAGAGUAUCUCCGAAAGCAGCUAUGUAAAAAGAGAACCAAAACUUGAGUGACGGCUCUGGAUAACUACGCAGAAUUCUAAGAACAGCUGAAGUCAAUCUAAUUUAAAUGUGUGGAGGGGUAGCUAGGUAUUUAAAGUUCCCCCAGAUAUUUUCACCUGAGUGAUGCUUCCCUUCCUAAGGCUGACCAAGACCAGUUUAUCCUUUUAAGUUAAAAAUAAAACGUCCCAAGUAAAGGCUGAAGGAACACUUUAUCAGAACUCUGCCUUUCUGAGGUUCCUGUUAGGUGGAAGGUGCCAGCACCGGCAGUAGAGAAGGAGCUCCACUUAGGAGUGCUGAAGAAGUGGAAGGAACCAAACUGACAAAGGCUUAACUUCAAUUUUGUAUGCCUGGUGAUCAGAGUCUAUUUUAGGACAUUUGAUACUUUGCAUUCUGAUGUACUUAGGAGAUUUGUUAAACAGAUAUGCUUGUGAGUAUUUAUCCUUCAUUUUAUGCAAUUAACCAAAUCAACCAAAAAAAGUGACCAUGAAAUCCUGUAUUUGUCUUUUUACUACAUGUAUGAACUCUCUCAUGUGAAUGAGUACUGUAGUAAUCCAUUUCAAGGGAGCCUUAUUUCAGAAAUAUUUCAAACUGGUGCAAAUGGAAAAGACUUCUUUUCCUCUAAGGCUAAAGACAAGAAUGUCAUGCUAUACAGGUGCAACUCAAUCCCUGUUAAUAAAACCAUGUAGAUAGAGACAUUUUACCCUUUGAAGUAGCUGUGUCCCACAACCUGUUGCCAUUGAUUUUUCAGAAAUGGCUUUAGAAAUUUCCAAGUGGUCUAACCAUGGACAUUAGCAAUUGUCUCCCUUCUACCAUGUAGAAUACUCUGACUUAAUUUUCUUCCGGAUAUAGGGGGAUACCUGCCUGUUUUUCAAAGUGUUUAUUUACUGCUGUUACUAUUUGAUUAGAAUGUAUUAAAUAAAAAAACCUGACUUUCACAA